AUGCGAGUUGCUGUUACUGCCGCGCCAUUUCUUCAGUUUCAUCUCACCCGGAUCCGCGUCUUCACUGCUUAUACACUCGUUCAUUAUAGCAAAACGAACCGUUGCAAGCUCCAGCAAAUUCUCGCCCGCCACCUUGAGAACACUGCAUCUAUUCACCGAACCCCCUUCCAAAAGUCCAACGACCUACUCGCAGUGACUCGCAAGACAACCCAACUCACAUCUCCUCACGUCGACUGCUCGGACGCUCGUCACAUGCUGUUCGACAUUCCUUCAGAACACAAUGGAGUUCACGAAAUCGAACCACAAAACGCCCUCCGUAUUGAACAACAUCUCUCUGCAUGUUUUUGCAAAGCAAACCGACUUUAUAAGACGCACGGGCGUGCCAGUCAAAGAUUCCAACCUGACCACCACGUCUAUUCGCAGCAUCCCCCGAGCUCGUCUGCGAACACACUCCUCCGACUAGUGAUGUCGACAGAAAUGAUGUGCGAACAAAUCAUCAGAUACGACUGCGGCCACAUGUGCCGUCGCAUGAUCCCCUGCAUCCAGCGAGAGCCCAAGCACCACCACUCACUCACCUGCUUCUCUGCCCUCUCCCUCCACUCCUACGAACCAGAGCGCCACGAGACGCCCAAGCUCGAGCGGCGUGCUACUCUCUGCCCAAAAUGCGAAGCAAAAGGCGAAGACGGUAAAGUGUAUGUAAACGGUACAAGGCGGGCAAGCGCUCCUCCGUUCGCGGCAGGGCGGGAGCCCAAGUCGGUGCAGCAGGGCGAGAAAAGCACGGCCACCAAGGUGAGUGCGAGCGUCGGCCGUUCAGUAUCUUAUCCGGUAAGAUCUCCUCCUCCCCGUCUGAGGCGAGUUCGGGAUACGGGCAACAGCUCACUGCGCAACGAGUAUAAUCGUCUCGAGCCGCAUCUUGAUCCACGUCCUGCGCCACGCCCCGAACCACGAACUGCAUCGCAUACCGAACCUCAUACCGACGCUCGUCUCGUACCACCCCGGAAUCUUGGCUUUGGGGCUCGUCGUGGUCGAAGACACCGCCCAGAGGACAUAGUCACGCAAAAUCUCGACUUGGACUGGUUCGCCUCCUCCUUGGUCCCGCUCUGCGAGAGGUCUCCAACAAGCCCUACCAGCGUCACUGGUCUGCUAGAGUACAGCCAGGGCAACCGAAACGUGUCAACCUUAUCGCUUGGUAGGCUCAGCCGGUCGACUUCGGUUCUGAAGAUGCUUCAAAGGGGUCUCCAAAGACAGCCUUCGAUGGAAUCAUUUGUCUGCGCAUCAGCACGAGAGGUGGAGAGAGGCGAAGAAUAA